AUUGCGGCUACUAACACCCAAGAAGAAGAAAAUAUUCCAUCGAGGAAAGGAUCCUCUAAUUUACCUAAGCAUAUCCAAGAAUUUCUGCAACUUUCAGGAUGUCAGUCCACUGUCACUCAACACACCAAUUUUGAGACCGGUGUCUGGUCGCCAGCGGUCACCCCUGAGGCUCCAAGGAAGGUGUACGAUAAUCAGAGGCUAGAGCCGAAAAACUCGGAAAAAGAUGAGAAAAAUGGGAACACGGAGCCCAUCCCCCCGGUAUGGACUCCGAAGAGCAGUGGGCGAGCCACCCCAUCUGAUCAAAUAACUUUCAAACCUGUCAAAUUUCAAUCUCCUGUUCCUGCGAGGAAGGCCUCCAAAGUGAAUAAGGAAUCAGGAGGGUUUCAAUCAAAGUUACCAAUCCCUACAAAUGGAACAGAGAAAAAAUCAGAGGAGGUAGUCGGACCCUCUGUCAAAGAAAGAAUCUCGGCAUUUUCUUCAGUUUCAGGGAAGAGACUCGAAAUAAAGAACCAAAAUAACAAUGAAAAUUCAAAACUUCGAUCGUUAGAUCAUUCUGUGUUGGGUCAGUGUGGUCUGGCUUUGCCCAAAUCUCAAAAUCCUACGAUAACUCUGCUUCAAAAAGCCCGAGAGGGGCAGUUGUCCAAAGGUGCUGCAUAUUUAGAUGACCAAAAAAUGUAUACCAAAGAGACUCCUGAAAAGACCAAAACCUCUGAGCCUGAAAAUAAUCAAGAAUCCAAAGCUCAAUCCAAAAAAGUUAUGAAUACUGAGCAAAAACCAACGGAAAAGACCAAAUCCCCAAAUGCAGACAGAAUCUCAUCAAAUAAUGUUCCUGGUGGUAGAGAAGAAAAUCAACAAAAAUGGUACAAACGAAUGUACGAGUCGCUUCAUCAAGCUAAUUUAGAUAAAUCAAAUGUUACUGUUCGAUACUGGCCAAACCAACCAGUUGACCGUGCAUCACAACAAAUUCGUAAUGGGAAUAGUGGAUAUAGCUCGGAACCAGAAGCAACCAAUCACAAUUCUGACAAAAUAGCUGCCAAAUAUGCAACUUUAGACAGGAGAAGAAACCAGUCGAAAGAAAAUGAUGCUAGCCUAUCCUAUGUUCCUCGCACAAAGCCCAGUAAUGAAGCUUUGAAGCAUGCAGUAGAAAUUUACAAUAGCCAACCUGGGCGCAUAGAAAACUAUGAACCUGGUCGUUGUUCGAUAGCAGAUAAAGAAACCAAAGAAUGGUGGGAUGAAAUGAUGGAGAUCUUUGAUAAGCAAUAUGGUGAAACUGGUGGUCAUCGGAAUCAAAGCAACCCUCCAUCACAACAGAAAAAGCAUUUCAUGACAUAUACGCUUAAAGAUGGUGGGUAUGAAAGUGACUCUAGUCUAGUUUUUAAACGGCGAGAUGAAAAUUGUGACAUGAGUCCUACGGAGAAAAAAAUGGCCUACAAAGAAAUUCAAAAAGGUGGAGAAGUGCCACUUCACGGACUGAGAAAGCCAGCUCCUCAACGACCAAAAGAACCUGUUUUAAGAGAGGUCCCCUCUUCGCCUUCCUCAUCUCCAUUCUACUCGUAUGAGCCACAGCCAGAAUCACCGGCUGGUCGCUAUGCUGAAUCUGCAGUUACCCUCCAGUACCGGCGUCCCGUUCUUGCUGAAGUGAAAGAGGCCCUCUCAGAAGAUGAACUGGCUAGGCGACAAGCAGAAGCAAUGCAACGCCUUUACCAAGAGGAAAGGCGUCGCAAGUACCUUCAAGAGUUACAUGAUAUAUCAAGCAGAAGACACACUGAUCAUUUUAUACCAUCCCAGAAGUCUCCAAUCCCAUUAAACAGAUACGAUGAUUUCUUCCCAGAUGAAUCUCCCACCAUUUCUCGACAACGCGAUCGAACACCUGAACCAAAAUUAGUUGCAAGAGCCUUGUAUAAUUUUGUUGGACAAUCAUCCAGAGAGCUGUCUUUUCGCCGAGGUGAUAUUAUAUUUGUACGGAGACAGAUCGACAAAAAUUGGUAUGAAGGAGAACAUAAUGCCAUGAUAGGGCUCUUCCCAAUCAACUAUGUCGAGAUCAUACCGUACGACAAUAUCAGAACAAUACCAAAAAAACCAACCGAAGGUCAAGCUAGAGCAAAGUUUAAUUUCAUCGCUCAGUCUCACCUUGAGCUCUCACUUGUGAAAGGAGAGUUGGUAGUUUUAACAAGGAGAGUUGACAGUAAUUGGUUUGAAGGGCGAAUAGGAAAUAGGCGAGGCAUCUUUCCUGUCUCUUAUGUUGAAGUUCUUACCGAGCCAGGAGAAAGAGCUUUCAGUCCUGUAAGACCCACAACUCCUGCCACUCCAGUCACCCAUUCAAGUCUUUCCAAUGGUUCAAGUCAGCCCAUUCAACUACACUCAAUGAGCGAUGGAUCAAGCGAUAGACUUGACGGAAAACAAGAUAUGUCUCUAGUCAAUCAAACAUUACACAUAGACACCCAGUCAGAUCCUAUACCAUACCGAGCUCUUUAUAACUACCGUCCGCAAAAUGAAGAUGAACUUGAGUUGCAAGAAGGCGAUACAGUGUAUGUCAUAGAAAAAUGUGACGAUGGAUGGUAUGUUGGUUCAAGCCAGCGUACAGGUGCCUUUGGUACUUUUCCCGGCAACUAUGUUCAACGCGUUGCGUAACUAGUCUGUACUUAAUCCCGUUGAAUCCUAUGUAUAAUUAACCAAGGUGCUGAAAUGCAAUCUUCAUAAAUCUGCUAUGGUUUGAAGUUUUCUCCCAUGUAAUACUCCUUCAAAUUGUUUGCCCUCAAAUUUUGGCCUAAUUUGUCACUGGAUACAUACCUAUUUUUUUAAAAUACUUCCAUGUAUUCUAAAUAAAAAGAAAUCUAUUUUUCAUUAAUUCUAUUUAUGUAAAUACUGUGCACCAAAUAACUAGUUGAUUUGUUUUGUUUGUUAAAUUUAAAUUUUUAUUUUUUAGUCUAUAUUAGGCAUUAAGCUAUGAUGCUACACCUAUAUUUUUAUUUACAGUUGUGUAUUUAUAUAAUCUGAAGAUUUUUAUUUUUGUUAACUCUUCGUAUUCAUUCGUGCUUCAGAAGAAGGAAAAUUAUAAACUCAAAGAUCGGUAGGAUUGUUAAUUACAGUUCUCUCCCCAACUUAAAAAAGCAUUAUUGUUGCUUUGAGCCACGGUGACAACAGAGGCUAACGCAUGAUAUUUGUAAGGUCCUCCUCUACAAACGUUAAUCUGUGAACUCUCCAAAAAAUUAAUUCUACUUAUUAUUCUAAGACUAGCUUUAUCCUAUCUCUCUUAAAACAGGAUUCAUUUUAAACGAUAGUGAGAUGGUUAAGAGAUGUCAAACCAAGUCCUUCCAUUUAUCUUUUGUUAUGAAUGUAAGUGCCUUUUCAGAGAAAAAAUGAUAGGCACUCAACUAAUUGAAAAUUUUUCUUUAUUAGUUUCCUGUAUGUUCUUCCAUCAUGUGCCUGAGGGGGGCACAUCCACCUUAUUUUCCUGUUGUCACUCUCACCCAAGAUUUUGUCAUCAAGAUCGAUGGCACUUCUGAAGCACUUAUGGAAGUAUUAACUUGCCGAAAUUUUUGAUUGCUUUCGCCCUCUAGUAUUAAUCGGUUUUCAAAAUUAAUUUUAAAUGUACUUUACUGAAAGAUGAUGCAAAUUUUUUAUACACUUCAAAAUCAUCCUCAUCAGAUCAACCAAACUUUUUUUCUCUUUCCGUAGUGCCUCAGAGUAUUUAUUGCUUCAAAAUAUUUAAACCAAGCAAAGAGUACUUUCAAACUCCUUUUCAAUCAAGUCUUGUGAUUUUAAGAUGAAUUGUGUAAAAAUUUUAAAAAAUAUGUUCAUCAAGCAUAAAAGUUUGCUGUAGUUUUUUCUGAAAGAAACUUUGUGUGUGCGCAUUAAUUGCUUAGGUAUCUUCAUGCUUGGUUUGUAUUUUUUUCCUGAAAGUACCCACUGGCUUAGAGUUAAAAUAUGCUAGGCUCUCAACCAAAGAAUCUGAAAUUGGUAUACCCAUUAAUAUUGUUACCUCUGUUCAUUUCAAACGCAAGUGUUAUUCAAGUUAAAAUUAUAAGAAACAUGUUUAUCUUUAACCAGAGGCAGAUUAUUGCGCAUAUAUUUACUGUUGCAAUUCAUAGCCACUCCUUCUCUUUGUUUGCUAAAACGUUUAAGUAAAAAUUUCGUUGUCUGUGUAAGCUGUGCACGAAAAUUAUAUUGUAAGCCUCCAAAACUAGAUUCAGAUUAAGUUAAAAAUGUUUUGUCCUUCAAACUCAAACAGGAGUGGCUAUCUUCACCCAUGAUGCCAAAGCUAUACAACUAUUAAAGAAGAAGUAUCUUUUUGUAUCAGUCACUCGAUUGUUUAAUUGAUAAACACCUAUGUAUAUCGUAAAUUAUUUACCUCUUUGCAUAGUGGAAUGAUAAAUGACCAGAUUAGGCAUGAUAAUAAAGAUUUUUUUUCUUUAAUCUUCCAAAAUCAGGGUGGCACUCAUAGGAAUGUAAGCAUUAUACAAUCAAUAAGGUUUUUACUUCUAUCUGGACAAGCAAAA